AUUUGGCAAAAGAAUUGGGAACACAAAACGAAUCCCACCCGACAAUAUAAUAACAGGGAAUACGAGAAAAGCUGGGAAAGUUUUGGGUUCCUUUGCUAAGUGCAUAGUGCAAAAACAAGUUGUUCUGUAAAGUAGAUUGUCCACAUUCUCCUCCCUCUAUACUUCCCGGCGGGCACGGGCACAAUUCCCCGAGAGAGACAUGAAGAAGGAUAAGGCAGUUGUAAUAGAAAGCCCUAGCACUAAUGAAGAAGAAGAAGAAGAAGAAGAAGAAGAAGAAGUAGAAGAUGAUGAUGAAGAUGCUGCUGCCGCAACUAAUCCUCCUGCUCGUCGCUUCUCUACUCGCAAUGCUUCUUCCAAAUACGAUUUCGUUAAGGUGAAAGUAUGGCUGGGUGACAAUGCCGAUCAUUACUAUGUUCUCUCUAGAUUUUUGCUCAGUAGAAUGCUCACCGUCACUAAGAUACCAAAUCAUGUGGCUAUUAAAAUUGCACUUGAGCUUAAGAAGCUUCUUGUUGACAACAGCUUACUCGAUGUCUCACAGUCAGAUUUGGAGGCAAACUUGUUCAAGCUUAUGGAGCGAAGAGGUUUUGGAGAAGAGUAUAUAAACCGUUAUAAAAUGAUGACAAGAUUUCACCAUAUGCGAGUGCCUUUGGUAAUUCUUGUUUGUGGUACUGCUUCUGUUGGAAAAUCUACUAUUGCUACCCAGCUUGCACAGAGGCUGAACUUGCCAAAUGUCUUGCAGACUGCCAUGGUGUAUGAAUUGCUGCGGACAUCAACAGAUGCACCUUUGGCAUCUUCUCCUGUAUGGGCACGUGAUUUCAGCUCUUCAGAGGAGCUAAUAACCGAAUUUUGCAGAGAAUGCAGAAUAGUAAGGAAAGGUUUGGCUGGUGAUUUGAAGAAAGCUAUUAAAGAUGGAAAACCAAUAAUAAUUGAGGGGAUACACCUAGAUCCUAGUAUUUACCUGAUGGAUGAAGAGAAUAAAUUACCAUCAGCUUCUCCAGCAAAUCAAGCAGGGCCAAAGUCUACGAGGGUGGAAGAGCAGAAUGAGUUACAACAGAAAAGCAAUUCUAAUGUUAGACAGAGCAGUCAGAGUGACCGCAAGGAUUUCUGUUCAGAGGAUAUGAAUUCAGAGCCAGGAGAAGAAUCUUCUGAGUUAAACAAGUUCACAACUGCUCUGAAAUCCUUGGACGUUCAUGAAAUUUCUGAAAAUAUGGGUGAGAAAGUUAAAGGUUCAGCAGCAGAACAAAACCCUUCUCAUAAAAGAGAAAAAUCUGGUGCUCAACCAAUAAUUGUACCUAUAGUUCUAAAGAUGGCUGAGUUUGACCAUAAGGCAUUGCUGGAAGAGUGGGUGGCGAAUCGUAAAUGCAGUGAGAAAUAUCCUACCCAGGACAAGGAUAAAUUGAUAUCUAACUUGAAGACUAUACAAGACUAUCUCUGUUCCUUUACCUCACAGGGUUUAACAGUUGUAAACAUAUCAGCUACGACUUUUCCACAAACAUUGGAUUGGCUGCACAACCAUCUUUUACAGUGUAUCGAGCAUGGUACAUCACAUGUUUCUAGGGGUAACAGUGUGGAGAUAACCAAAGACUAGAUUACUGCCGGUCGUAUCUCGAUGAUCAAGGUACUCUGCAGACUAUAUCUAGUACGGCCCGUUGCAGAUAUAUAAAGCUCUGCCUUGCACGAGGGGUACUUAUCGGGCGGUUUUGUUGGAUAUUUGUAUUUAACGUUUCGCUUCAUUGGGUAUCAUUUUUAAAAUGUAGUAAACCGCUACCCUUACCGAUAUCAAUGUUAGUUUAACAGUUAUUGGGUUAUCGGUUAGUUUAUCGGUAAUACCUUCAUAAAUGAAUUUGUAUUUUUAUCCCCCUGA